AUGCUGGCUUCCGGUCUGUCUCCCAUAAAACAACCGGGCCAUGCGUCUGGCUCAAAGGAUGCCGGACGAGGUGAUACUCAAUCGAAUCUCAAGGAGACGGCUACUUGGACUGACCCUGCGUCCCAGAUCUGGUCGACACAUGUUCAGAAGUAUGCCGAUCCCAGGUCGUAUUACCUUGAACGAUCUCAUCUCGCCGCCAAGCCGGUACUCGGUGUGACUUCUUUCGUUCCAAAGAACCUCGUCAAUCAUCUAAUGACCAACAAGAAGGACGCGGCGAUCGGCGUCAAGUACAGGACGGGGGACGCAAUUACUAACAUGGAGGGGGUCUUGCAUCAUUUCGUGACCCCCUUUGUUCCCAUCCUGAUGCACGGUGACUAUGCGUUCAAGGGAGGACAUUCGAUCGCCGGUUUCGGAACGAACAAGGCGGGGAAGCAGAAGGCCAGGGUGGUCAUCAUGUCCGGCCUUGUGCAGCAGGACUUUGAAAACAAAGAGGUCGUCUACGAGUUUGCUAAACCCACACAUGGCCCGAUUCAAGGCGUCCCACUGGUGGACGAUAUGAUCGUUCCCAACGCACACUCUAAAGCGAAUCCGGAAUACAGAGGAGGAUACGACAUGAUGCUCAAGAGGCAUGCAAUCUACCAUCUGGCUGCGAAGCGGGUUCUGCCUGGCAUGAGCGAGGUCGCCUCCUACCUCUGCUUGACCAUCGACCAAGCGAUCAGGCACAUCGAGAAGUUGAUCUUGGACGCCACCGCUACCAAGGAGAAGCUAGCUUUAACCGACGUUUUCCUUGUGCUCGGAAGCGGCCCUACCAAGACGUACCUCUCGCUCGAACUCCUCGCCGGCAUCGCAGAGCAUCAAAUGCUCAACGAGUUCCGAGUCCUCGAACACAUGGUCGGCCCCGAACAGGGGUACGUCUACACCUGGGAUCCAGCUUCCAUCUUCGCCGCCAACCUCCAUCCGACGUUACUGAACCGAUUGACCAUCCUCGGUGUCCGAAAGGCCGUCCCUGAAUGCCCGCCGAGGACACUCAAAGCAUUCGCGUUCAAUGACUAUGCCGACCCGAAAGCGACCCAGUUGUUGAGCGAGAUGUUCAAGCAAACUCCGUACACCCGACACGUCCUGGUCGUACCCAAAUCCAAGCUCUUUCCUCCGCCUGGGUUGACAUACGACAGCUCCAUCCACCCUGAUGCUGCUCAGGCGGUCCUGGUUGUCCGCAACAACUCGGACGCGUUUGGGCAGAACAUCGAGAGCGAGUAUGCCGGCGGGAGCAUGGACGGUUCGUGA